AAUGAAUGCAACUAGCAGAACUGGCUUAAUACCAGCUAAGAGAAGAAAUUUCUUAAUAAAAGAAAAGCCAAAGAAAUUCACUGAGGAUUUACCACUGAAAUUUGAAGCUAUGCCAAUGGCUCUAUCGUUACGACCAUUUGGUGGCCUAUAUAACCCCUUUGCUAAGGGCUGCUCGGUACUAUGCAACCAUCCAGCGCCGUCAGACUUAAAAGAUAUUAUAAGCCAAAUGAAAACUUCGCUGACAGUGGAUGGAAAAAGUGUGCACUUCCCAAAAGAUAAAAACGUUGGCACACCCAUCAAUGAGCAUGAUAAUAUACCCGAAGACCUUGUCCGACGUUACACUGGCACCGACUCACGUCCCCUUACACCAACUCCAACCGUGACCAGUGCGCAUACACGGAAUAGCACAAGUUCCUUUUUGAACAAUCGACGCUGCAUAACACCUGAGUUGGGUAAAAAUGAAAUCAUCAAACGGAAAAAAAUUAUUUUGGAUUUACGACGCACACACUCUCAAGAGACACUGUACUGGAAGCCAUCGUCGGAUAUGUCACAAAGUAUUACGGAUACGGGUGGCGUCAAACCUAAAAGUGCUGGCGCCAAUGAGGAGAGAAAAAAUAAGCAGCAACGUUCCGAAGAUCAGCGGCCCAAUACUUCAUUAGGCAAUGCACCAAUUAGCGAUGAUACUAAAGAAUUGGCAGGCGUUGAAAUAAAGAAAGUACAAACUUGUAUUAAUGAGCAGCAUAUCGACGACGGGGAUAUACGACGGGGCAAGAAACGAAAAAAGAUAAGACCGGCAACUACUACAACAACUACAUUCCAUCUGAGCGAAGAUCCAGAAACACAAGUAGCUGCACUUGGCCCGGACUCCCUUAAUCCAAGUACACGUCCUAGUCUUAUACCGAAUUCGGCUAGUUUGCUACCAGGCAAAGAAAAACGAGACAGCGAACAAAUACUAUUGAAAGGCAGCUUCCUCACAGAUGAGGCAUUUCAAGCAUUGAAAACUGAGCUGGAUAUUGAUGUAAUUGAAAACACCUUUGAUAGAUACUUGAAUAGAGCUUUGCGCGAAGCAAUUAAGUAUCUGCCGGAAAAGAAGCCAAAGCCGAUCAAGAAAGUUUUAGAAGAAAAUGAAAAUCCUUCAUUCGUAUCUCAGUCAAAAAUGCCACGUAAAUUGUCAAAGUCUGCAGCAAGAUUUGAUGUUCCGUUGAAUCCCAAAUUACUAGAAGAUAUGACUGUUUUAGAAUACCUUAGCCAAUAUGUGUGGGUCUCCAGUCAACGAAAGCAGCUUUUUAAGCGCGUUUUUCUUCAAUAUUUGCCGACUGAAAUAAUUGAAACCGAAGAGGCCGCAGAUGUAAAUCUAUUAAAAAGCAAUGGAAAUGUCGAUGAAGACUCCUUACCUGUACUGAAUGAGUAUGUGGAACGUAAAAUUCCCAUGAAAUGUAUAGCCAAAGCACUUGAGGAUGUUUUGGAAUUUUAUGGUACUGAAAAAAAUAUAUCGGAAAUGUUACGCUUAUUAGACUAUGAGAAGGAGACGUCGUCGAAAGAAAUCAAUUUUCGUACUUGGUGUGGUAUUGUAUCACUUGCUGAACGAUUGGCGCUGGAGAACCCGAGUGGUUCGGAUUCAUGUGAUGAGUUGGAAAAAGUGGACUUUGGUAGCCUAGAAGAGAGAUUGGAAAAUUUCGAUAUACAAGAAAAUUUAUUGGAAGUUUUCAGAAUAAUUCGUUCAACACAUAACAUAAAAAAUUGAAGCUCCGAAACAACUGAAGUAUUAAAAAAAAUUAAAGACAUCGAAAGUGUAUAUGAUGCGUAUCAAGGCGCAUUCAUUAAAGCUGGUGACACUAGACCAACAACAAUGUUCUGUACGUUUGAUUGUCAAAGCAAAGUAUUGAGAAACUAGAAAAUAAAUGAUGAAUUCGCCUUGUUUCGAUCUGAGCUGACAGCCACAUGGACACGGCGAAAGAAAGGAAACGGCUCAGCUGAUUUACCGAUACCACCUCUAAUAGAUUCGCCUUGAUGCGUAUAAUGCGAUGAUGACAAUUCAGAAUUUGAAAAUUCGGAUUAGUUGUGCAU